AUGGAAAUCUUUGUAUUUCAAACAUGAAGUCGGGACUAAGUUUGUCUUUAAGGUUAAAGCUUUAAGCAGCUACACUAACUGGCAUAAAGAUUAGGCUAAUUUUGAUUCUGUAGAUUUGCAUGUAAUACAGCAAAAUGAUAGCUUUUGAACACCUGCACCUUUGCAAAGUGAUUCUUUUGCAAUGCUUCCAAAACCAGAGAAACAGAUCAGAUAACAAAACAGCCCUGCAUUUGAUUGGUCACCACAUCAGGGGCUUGCACAGUCUCACUUUAGUCUGGAGCCUUAAGUAGGUCAGGCCUAGCUUAGCCAGCCUGCAGAUGAUCAGCUGCAGAUGAUCUCUGGAUGAAGUCAAGCUGAAAGGAAUUUCAGUGAACCCCUCCUGAUAGGCGUAGGCCUAAAAAGGCUGGCCUAGUUAAGCUUCAGCUUAGUGAUUGAGUGAAUGCUUUGCAGUCACUUGAAGUUUAUGUGAUGUACUCUACAGAAAAUAUGCAAGGGAAAAAAUCAAAUCGAUCCUCAAAUUUUACCAUAUAUGAAAAGAUUGAUCUGUUAAAACUUGUACGGCCUCACAUCAAAGUUUUGGAGGUUCAUAAAAAUAAUCAAGCUAUAAUUGUUGAAAAAAAUCGUUGCUGGGAAACUAUAGCACAACAAUACAAUGCUGUUGGAGUGGAUCGCCCUCCUCGUAGUGCACAAGCUUUGCGAACACUCUAUAAACGCAUUAAAGAAAGUGCUAAACAAGAGAUAGCUAGGAGAGAACAGCUGCAUCCAGAUUAUAAAGGAAACGUCUCUGAACCAACCAGAAGAAUUCUAGAAAUGAAUCCUCAUAUUUUCCAACCGCUUCUGAAGGUGGUAGACCCCGAUCACUUACAAAGGCCUUGUGCAAGUUCUGCUUCUGAACAAGAUUCCUGUGUGGAACAACCUAUGAGCUUGUUUCCACAACCUGGAACGUCAAGCUGCCCACUUCAACACUGUCCUGAUUGGAUAACACCAGAGUCAGAACCAGAGCAUGAAGAGAAACCACCUCCGUUAUUAACAGUCCUCUCGCAGCCAAAUGUAAAUUUGGAGCACCAGAAGAAAACAGAGACUCAGCAGACCACAAAUGGGUCUGCCUCACCAUUUUCAUCUUGUGGAGCACGAGUAUCAUUAACCCCAUCUCCCAGACUUGCGAGAAGGGAAGAUGAUAUGUUCAGUAUUCACCCGCGCCACAGAGGUGCCUUAUACCAUUUGUCCAGUCAUGAUAAUGAGCAAGUACAAUUAAUGUCAGCAGAGGAACAUGAGAUAAUUAUGGAGAAUCAAAGAAAGUUUGGACUGUAUCUUGAUGAGAAAAGAGAGAGCCUUAAAAGAAGGCAAGUGCUGGAGGAAGAACUAUUAAAGGCAAAAAUCAGGGUGGAAGAAUUAAAAGCAGCAAGAUUGCAACAAGGCUUGCCAGCUCUCUAAGAAGCUUACUGUUUGUAAAUUAAUGUCUAUUAAAAUUGAGU